AUGUGGAGCUAUGCACAAGGCCUUCCUGGCCUAUGCCAUGGUUUUAUGAUUUGGAUGUUCCUCGGCGCCAGAGCGCGGUCGUUCAGGCCCACGCACCUCGAACAGAGCCAGCCUGUAUCCCAGGCCUCGCUCAUCCUCCCCAUCCUAUCGAGCGCGUUACCAACGCCGAAGCGACGAAUCACCUGUCACGUCCGCAGGCUGCGCGUGCAUGGUAUCAUUACUGGCAGCUCAAAUACCUGGCACGCCCCCAUGGGAGUUACGUGGAGUCCCGCAUUCCUGGAAGAGGGUGUCAUCCUGUUUCCGGACAACAGGACACAAAUACGUCUUAGAUUCUGGGCUGCCUGCGACCUCUUCUUCACGAACAUGCGCCACUUGCUGGAGCUCGCGAUUAGGAGAGGCAUGAAGUUCAUCAUAGCCAUUCCAUUCGAAGCACUUCCACGCUUUCAUCAACAGGAAAAGCCCAGUCUUGCCGACCUCACAAAACGCACCUAUGACACUGGUUUUCAAGAGACGCCUCUCACAUACAGCAAAGGCGGCUCUGCCUUCAUGGAUCAGUACUUAGGCAAACUGGCGGACAUUCUUCGUCGGCCACACGCACGAGCAAAAGCAGACACUCCAAACUUUUUAAACUUUAAACUUUGUAAGGCUAUCCAUGUCAAUUUCCCUUUUGAGCCUCUUCUCUUGGAUUUCUAA